AUGGCCCAGCAGAACGGUACCACCGCCAAUGACUUCACCGUCAAGGCCGGUCUCGCGCAGAUGUUGAAGGGUGGCGUGAUCAUGGACGUCGUCAAUGCGGAGCAGGCUCGCAUUGCUGAGGAGGCCGGUGCUGCCGCCGUCAUGGCCCUCGAGCGUGUCCCCGCUGAUAUCCGUGUGGAGGGUGGCGUUGCCCGCAUGUCCGACCCCAGCAUGAUUAAGGAGAUCAUGGAGGCCGUGACUAUCCCCGUCAUGGCCAAGGCUCGCAUUGGCCACUUCGUUGAGUGCCAGAUCCUCGAGGCUAUUGGCGUCGACUAUAUCGAUGAAUCCGAAGUCCUGACCCCCGCCGACGAUGUGUACCACGUUACCAAGUCCAACUUCAAGGCGCCCUUCGUCUGCGGCUGCCGUAACCUGGGUGAGGCCCUGCGCCGUAUCUCUGAGGGCGCCGCUAUGAUCCGCACCAAGGGUGAAGCCGGCACCGGCGACGUCGUCGAGGCUGUCAAGCACAUGCGUACCGUGAACGCCCAGAUUGCCCGCGCCCGCGGCAUUCUCCUAGCCAGCGCCGACCCCGAGCCUGAGCUCCGCGCCUUUGCUCGCGAGAUUGAGGCUCCUUACGAGCUCGUCCGUGACUGCGCUGAGAAGGGCCGCCUGCCCGUUGUCAACUUCGCCGCCGGUGGUGUGGCGACCCCUGCCGAUGCGGCGCUGAUGAUGCAGCUGGGCUGCGACGGCGUCUUCGUCGGCUCCGGAAUUUUCAAGUCGGGCGAUGCCAAGAAGCGCGCCCGCGCCAUUGUCCAGGCCGUGACUCACUUCAAGGACCCCAAGGUCCUUGCCGAGGUCAGCGAAGGUCUGGGUGAGGCCAUGGUCGGCAUUAAUGUGCAGAAGAUGCCCGAGAGCGACAAGCUGGCUGGUCGUGGCUGGUAA